AUGGCGGCCAAGGGGGCCCGGCAGCGGCCUCGAGGAGGGGGCGGCGGGGAGGGGGCGGCGGCGGCGGCGCCCCCCCGGCAGCGAGAGGAGGCGCCCCCGCCGCCGGCCGCCGAGGAGGCCAAAGCCGAGGUGUCUGGGAGCAAAGCAGGACAUGUGUGGGCCCCGGAAGGAUCUACAGCUUUCAAGUGUCUGAUCUCAGCCAGGUUUUGCGCUGCCCUGCUGAGUAACAUCUCUGACUGCGACGAGACGUUUAACUACUGGGAACCUACACACUACCUCGUCUAUGGCAAAGGCUUCCAGACUUGGGAAUAUUCUCCUGUCUACUCCAUCCGCUCCUACGCUUAUUUGUGGCUGCAUGCCUUGCCAGCCGUGUUCCAUGCCAGAGUUCUGCAAACGAACAAGGUCCUCAUCUUCUACUUUGUCCGCUGCCUCUUGGCCUUCCUGAGCUGUGUUUGUGAACUCUACUUUUAUAAGACGGUGUGCAAGAAGUUUGGGCUGCACGUGAGCCGUCUAAUGCUGGCUUUCUUGGUCCUCAGCACAGGCAUGUUCUGCUCAGCAGCCGCCUUUCUCCCCAGCAGCUUCUGCAUGUACAGCACAGUAGUAGCCAUGACUGGGUGGUACAUGGAUAAGAUCUCUCUGGCAGUGAUGGGAGUGGCUGCUGGAGCCAUCGUGGGCUGGCCCUUCAGUGCGGCACUCGGGCUUCCAAUUGCCUUUGACUUCCUGAUACUCAAGGGAAGAUGGAGGAGCUUUCUGAAGUGGUCCCUUGUGGCCUUGGUGGUUUUCCUGGUACCCCUCGUGGCGGUUGACAGCUAUCACUACGGGAAGCUGGUGAUUGCUCCUCUCAACAUUGUCCUGUAUAACGUCUUCACGCCGCACGGACCGGAUCUUUAUGGCACAGAGCCCUGGUCCUUCUACUUCGUCAACUGCUUCUUGAACUUCAACGUGGCCUUUGUGCUGGCGCUCCUGGCCUUGCCGUUGACCUCGCUCAUGGAAAGCCUGCUGAAGAAGUUUCACGUUCAGAAUCUGGGCCGCCCUUACUGGCUGACACUUUCUCCCAUGUACCUCUGGAUCCUGAUUUUCUUCAGCCAGCCCCAUAAAGAAGAGAGAUUCCUGUACCCCAUCUACCCCCUCAUUUGUCUCUGUGGAGCUGUGGGACUCUCUGCCCUCCAGAAGUGCUACCACUUUAUAUUCCAACGCUACCGCCUGGAGCACUACACGGUCUCAUCGAACUGGCUGGCGCUGGGGACUGUCUUCGUCUUCGGGCUGCUGUCCUUGUCACGCUCCGUGGCGUUAUUCAAAGGUUACCACGGUCCUCUUGACCUGUACCCAGAAUUCCACAGAAUUGCCACCGACCCGACAAUCCACACGGUGCCGGAGGGGAGGUCAGUUCAUGUUUGCGUCGGAAAGGAAUGGUAUCGGUUCCCCAGCAGUUUCCUCCUGCCGGAGAACUGGCAGCUCCAGUUCAUUCCGUCGGAAUUUAGGGGCCAGUUGCCAAAGCUCUUUGCCAAAGGACCAAUGGCCACACGCAUCGUUCCAACCGAUAUGAAUGACCAAAACCGGGAAGAGCCCUCCCGAUACUUUGACAUUUCCAAAUGCCAUUACCUGGUGGAUUUAGACACGACGGUGGAAACGCCCAGGGAACCAAGAUAUGCUGCUAAUAAGGACGAAUGGACCAGUAUUGCUUACAAGCCUUUCCUCGAUAGUUCAAGGUCUUCGAAGUUGUUUCGGGCGUUCUACAUCCCCUUCUUGUCAGACCAAUAUACGACGUACAUGAACUACACCAUCUUGAAGUCCCGGCGAGCAAAGCAAGGCAGGAAGAAAACGGGAGGUUAG